AUGUCUAAGUCCAUCUCUAACGCAAUCAUCAAGUUCUAUGACAAAUGGAACAUCCGGAGUUUCGUUCUAUUAAGUCUCUCACUACAGACACUUUUAAUUCUGUUUGCACCAUUCAGAAAGCGAACAGGACGUGGGUUUUUAAUGUUGCUGAUUUGGCUAGCUUACUUGGUGGCCGAUUGGGCUGCUAACUUUGCAGUGGGACUUAUUUCAAACAGUCAAAAAGAUAUUCGUCAAAGAGAUCCUCUGAAACCUGAUGAUCAUGCCGACAUUCUGGCGUUUUGGGCUCCAUUUCUUUUGUUACACCUUGGUGGUCCAGAUACCAUAACUGCUUUUGCUCUGGAGGAUAAUGCCCUCUGGCUAAGGCACAUGGUUGGGCUCAUCACCCAGGUUUCAACUACUUUCCUUGUCUUCCAUCAAUCCUUUCCCAGAAACAAGUUAUGGGAACCUACUGUCCUUCUGUUUGUCGCCGGAAUAAUCAAGUAUGUUGAAAGAACGCGUGCUUUAUUCCUUGCAAGCCUGGAUAAAUUCCGGCAAUCGAAGCUUAAAGCACCUCCUGACCCAGGGCCUAACUAUGCAAAGCUCAUGGAGGACUUCUCUUCGAAAAAAGAGGCCAAACUCCCAACUCAGAUUGAAUUGAUAGGCGCAGAACGUAAUAAAGCGUCCAAAACUGCACGUUAUGCGUCAGUAGAUGAAGACACAUUACUGGAUGAACUUAAGGCGGUAAAACAUGCUUAUUACUUCUUCGAAAUCUUCAAUGGUCUCAUCGUGGAUGUCAUCUUUAGUUUCAAGGAGCGCGAGGAGAGCCGAUUAUUUUUCCAUAAGAGAACCCCGAAAGAAGCCUUUAAUGUGCUAGCGGUUGAACUCAAUUUCAUCUAUGAACUUCUCUAUACCAAGGUUGUCGUGAUACGUUCAAUAUUUGGAUACUUUGCCCGGUUUAUAUCCAGUUGUGCGGUUGUUGCAGCUCUUUCAACCUUCUAUACAAAAGAGAAGCAUGGUUUUGGAAAGAUUGAUGUUGGAAUUACCUAUACCUUGCUCUUUGGUGCCAUAGCCUUGGAUACAAUUGCUCUCCUUAUGCUGGCUUUCUCUGAUUGGACUGCUGCUUCCAUCCUUAAGUCAUCGAGGCAAAAUAUCUGCAUAGAAGCUAUUAAGGGAUGGUUCCUCAUUCUCCUCCGAUACUAUCUCAAGCUCAAGAGGAUAAACUGGGGGAAUGGUACAAGCGAAGGCUCACCAAGUUGCUUUAGACGGGCUAGACAAAUCCUAUUCCGGAGGUGGUCUGAAUCUAUAUAUCAAUACAGCUUGAUAGAUUAUUGUCUGAAGGAACGUCCAAAAAUGAGCUGUGGUAUCUUUGAUAAUUUUGGUCAUAUGUGGAUUUAUCUCAUUGAAAAUUCGGUCUUCAAGGAUUUCUAUGAUGAGAUGAAAUAUGUGUCGAAGAAACCACUUACAGAAAAGCUAUGGGAAUUCAUUUUUUGUCAGCUAAAAAGGAAAUCUAAUCUCGCAGAAGAUCCUGGCACUACAGAGAUAAUAUGUUCAGCCCGAGGAAAAUUGGCUCUAGAGGGUAAUGAUUGGAUUAUGGAGAGUAGCAAAUUGAUGCAUUAUAUUGUCAACAUUGAUUAUAAUCAGAGUCUUAUGGUAUGGCACAUUGCUACAGAUCUGUGCUAUCAUACGAAGAGUGAUGGAGACAGUACUACUAAUCAACGUGAAUUUUGUAAAAUCAUUUCGGAUUAUAUGUUAUACCUUCUAAUUAUGCAGCCUACUGUGAUGUCUGUAGCAAGAAUUGACGAAAUAAGAUUCCGCCAUACAUGUGCUGAGGCCAUAGAAUUCUUUACCAGAAAGGAACCAAAAGUACAAGAAAAGGCAUGUGAAAUGAUCCUUGAAGUAAAUACUGAUGUGACACCUGUUGCUAUCAACGAAGAUAGAAGCAAAUCUGUGUUGUUCGAUGCAUGUAUUCUCGCAAAAGAGCUAUUAAACUUGGAGGGGCAGAAGAGAUGGUGUCUAAUGAGUGAAGUGUGGGUGGAAAUGUUGUCUUAUGCUGCAAGCCAUUGCAGGCCCAAUACUCAUGCUGCUCAACUUAGCCAAGGAGGAGAGCUUAUCACAUUUGUCUGGUUAUUAAUGGCUCAUUUUGGCAUAGGGAAUGAGUUCCAAGUACAUCAAAUGGAGGACCCUGCAAAAGCAAAAUUCAUUGUGGGGGCUCGAGGACGCAGACAUAGAAGCUGCAGUUUUCCCAGCGAAAGCAGUGGAACAACAGCAUCACGGGCUGGUAUACCAAAAAAAGGAAAAGCUCCGAUGAACACCGGUGUAACACCGGUGAGUGAAGGAAGAACAAUUACGGAUGAGGGGAGUCUUAAUGGUAAGGGCGCAGACAAAGGCGAGAAUACUGGGGCAGCUAUUGAUGGAUCGGCAGUUAAUGAUUAUGUGGGCUCAACAUCCGUUAUGGAAAAGAAAGGAGAAAAUAACAAGGAAGAGUAG